CCACCAAACCAAAGCGAGCAAAGGUCUCCGUCAUGCUCACAUUCCUAGGUCCUCCCGGUCGCAUCUCCCCACCCCAAAAGCGUCAUCUUCAAGCUCGACCUCCCCAUUUUUCUUGGCAGCAGCCGCAGCCUUGCUGAGGCAGGUAUUUAUUCAGGUUUCAGCUAGCUAAUCAGCUACCAAACUCGGGGAACUGGAGUUGUGGUUGGUCUCUUCCUCUCCAGCUUCCUUCUUUCCCCCGAUUUGAUCGCUGUCAGGUUAGUUAUCGCAGCAGCAGGUGCGUUCGAUCAUGGUUGCCAAGAUCAAGCGGCAGAUCGGCAGCCUCUCGCUCCUCGCCAAGCUUGGUUUGCUGCUGCUUACCCUGCUCCUGCUGCUCGCGGCUAUCUUGCUGCUGGUGUUCUUGCUCCCGCGCCACCAUAGGAGGCCUCUGCCGCCGGGGUCGCCUCCGGCAAACGGCUCCGACCCCGACAACAUCGUGGCGUUCGACUUCUCGCCGUACCUUAUCCUUUACAAGAGCGGCCGCGUCCACCGCAUGGACGGCACGGACCGGGUCCCCGCCGGCGUGGACGAGGGCACCGGGGUGAAGUCCAAGGACGUCGUCAUCGACCGGGGCACCGGUCUCAGCGCCCGGAUGUACCUGCCGCCGCCGGCGAAAGGCGGGGACAAGAAUAAGGAUCUUGGCGCGCUCCCGGUCCUCGUGUUCUUCCACGGCGGCGCGUUCGUCAUCGAGUCGGCGUUCACGGCCAAGUACCACGACUACCUCAACAAGGUCACGGCCAAGGCGGGCGUCGUGGCGGUGUCCGUGGACUACCGCCUCGCGCCGGAGCACCCGGUUCCGACGGCGUACGACGACUCGUGGCAGGCGCUGAACUGGGUGGCCAGGAACGGCAAGUCCGGGCCGGAGCCGUGGCUGCGGGACCGGGGGAACAUGUCCCGCCUGUUCCUCGCCGGCGACAGCGCCGGCGGCAACAUCGCGCACGACAUGGCGAUGCGCGCCGGGAAGGAAGGGGGCCUGGAGGGCGGGGUGGCCAUCACCGGCAUCCUCCUCCUCGACCCCUACUUCUGGGGCAAGAACCCCGUCGGCGCGGAGACGACGGACCCGGCGGUGCGGCGCAAGUACGAGGCGACGUGGGCGUUCAUCUGCGACAACAAGUACAGCAUCGACGACCCGCUGGUGAACCCGCUGUCCAUGCCGGCGCCGGAGCUGCGGAAGCUGGCGUGCUCGCGCGUGGCCGUCACGGUGUCGGACCUCGACAUCUUCAAGGAGCGCGCGGCGGCGUACGCGGCGGCGCUCCGCGACAGCGGCUGGCCCGGCGAGGUGGAGCAGUACGAGACCGCCGGCGAGAACCACGUCUACUUCCUGGACAAGCCCUCGAGCCCCAAGUCCGCCAAGGAGCUGACCUUCGUCGCCGGCUACCUGAGCCGCGAGUAGCAGCAGCAGCAGCACAGCGGCGUGGGUGUCAGAUUGGUCGCGGACUUGCCGUACAUGAUUGAUUGAUCAUUACUCUCUUCACUACUACUACCAGCUAUUACUGGUACAGUUGUCUAGUAUAUGUCUUCUUGUCUUCAUCGUCUGGAAUUUUUCGCCAUUGGUCGCAUCGUUCG